AUGGUUACAACGGCUGUCAUUGGAGGAUAUGAAGAAUGCAACUGGCCAUCAGGAAUUGCUUUAGCUAAAGAAAAGAGAGACAAAGUGCAAACAGUUGUCGGAGCGAGUGUGGUAUGUACAACUACAAUUUCGAUUUCACAUCAGUACAAGUGCUGUCUGUGUUGUUUUCUUUUUGAAAUUGACUUCUGUGUCAAAGUUUUAUGUUCAUGUGAAACUCGGAUGAAGUAGAA